CAGCAGCAGCAGCGAGAGUGACCGGGCCGGGAACCCGGAAGCGCUUUCCCUUCCUGGUGACACCUCAGCAGCCACCUCAGCCGGAGGAGUGAGGUGGCGUCGGGACAGCUAGCGAGCCCACCAUCCCUGCCGACGCGGCGCUCCCCCCCCCCCGGCGUAUGUUGUGUCGUUGCCUCUUGGCUUCCGCGGCUCGUGUGGUUCCCUCGGCUCCUCGGCUGGGCGCGGCGGCGUCCUUGGCUUCUUUCGCCCCUUCCCCUCGCUUGCUGCUCCUCAUGAAGCCGGUGGUCGUGUUCGUUCUCGGCGGGCCUGGCGCCGGAAAGGGGACCCAGUGCGCCCGCGUUGUGGAGAAAUACGGUUACACACACCUCUCAGCAGGUGACCUGCUUCGAGAUGAGAGGAAGAGACCGGGCUCUCAGUAUGGAGAGCUCAUUGAAAGUUACAUUAAAGAUGGAAAAAUUGUUCCUGUUGAGAUAACCAUCAGCUUGAUAAAGAGGGCUAUGGAUGAAACUAUGGAAGCCAACGCACAGAAGAAUAAAUUCUUAAUUGAUGGAUUUCCCAGAAAUGAAGACAAUCUUCAGGGCUGGAACAAAACCAUGGAUGGAAAAGCAGAUGUAUUGUUUGUUCUCUUUUUUGAUUGUGACAACGAGGUAUGUAUUAACCGUUGCCUUGAAAGAGGAAAGAGCAGUGGCAGAAGUGAUGACAACAGAGAAAGUCUGGAAAAGAGAAUCCAUACGUAUCUAGAUUCUACCAAGCCCAUAAUAGACCUCUAUGAGAAAAUGGGCAAAGUUAGGAAAGUAGAUGCCUCUAAAUCUGUUGAUGAGGUUUUUGGCAAAGUUGUGAAGAUCUUUGAUAAAGAAGGCUAGUUCUUUACUUGAACACUGUUUUCAAAAUUGCUUGAAUCUUGCUUUAAGAGCUGCUACUAUAGUUCAUUUUAUAAUGAUGAUAAAAUAUACCUUUUUAAACACUUU